AUGGAGGCCGGAGAGGAACCGCUGCUGCUGGCCGAACUCAAGCCCGGGCGCCCCCACCAGUUCGAUUGGAAGUCGAGCUGUGAAACCUGGAGUGUCGCCUUCUCCCCCGAUGGCUCCUGGUUUGCGUGGUCUCAAGGACACUGCAUCGUCAAGCUGAUCCCCUGGCCGCUGGAGGAGCAGUUCAUCCCUAAAGAGUUCGAAGCCAAAAGCCGGAGCAGCAAAAAUGACCCGAAGGGGCGAGGCAGCCCGAAGGAGAAGACUCUGGACUGUGGGCAGAUUGUCUGGGGCCUGGCCUUCAGCCCGUGGCCUUGUCCACCCAGCAGGAAGCUCUGGGCGCGCCACCACCCCCCGGGGCCGGACGCCUCCUGCCUGAUCCUCGCCACGGGACUCAACGACGGGCAGAUCAAGAUUUGGGAGGUGCAGACAGGGCUCCUGCUUUUGAAUCUUUCCGGCCACCAAGACGUUGUGAGAGAUCUGAGCUUCACGCCCAGUGGCAGCUUGAUUCUGGUCUCUGCAUCUCGGGACAAGACUCUGCGCAUCUGGGACCUGAAUAAACAUGGUAAGCAGAUUCAGGUGUUGUCGGGCCAUCUGCAGUGGGUGUACUGCUGCUCCAUCUCCCCGGACUGCAGCAUGCUCUGCUCUGCGGCUGGAGAAAAGUCGGUCUUCCUCUGGAGCAUGCGGUCCUACACGUUAAUCCGGAAGCUAGAGGGCCACCAAAGCAGUGUUGUCUCCUGUGACUUCUCCCCGGACUCCGCCUUGCUUGUGACGGCUUCUUACGACACCAACGUGAUCAUGUGGGACCCUUACACUGGCGAGCGGCUGAGGUCACUCCACCACACCCAGCUCGAGCCCCCCAUGGAUGACAGUGACGUCCACAUCAGCUCCCUGAGGUCUGUGUGCUUCUCGCCAGAGGGCUUGUACCUGGCCACGGUGGCGGAUGACAGGCUCCUCAGGAUCUGGGCCCUGGAACUGAAAACUCCAAUUGCAUUUGCUCCUAUGACCAAUGGUCUUUGCUGCACAUUCUUUCCACACGGUGGAGUCAUUGCCACCGGGACAAGGGACGGCCACGUCCAGUUCUGGACAGCUCCUCGGGUCCUGUCGUCACUGAAGCACUUAUGCCGGAAAGCCCUCCGGAGUUUCCUCACCACCUACCAAGUGCUGGCACUGCCAAUCCCCAAGAAAAUGAAAGAGUUCCUCACGUACAGGACUUUGUAA